AUUACAACAGUGACUGUGUGAUUUUUCCCGCGGCUUAUUUUUUUUUACAACAAAUAAAAAAGAUGCACGGCUGGCUGCUGAUAGCCGGCGCGGCGCUGCUGACGGCGCUCGCCGCUGCGCAGAAACCGGGCAGGUUCCUGUCGCUGCCCGUGCCCUCCAAGUGUGCUAACAGACCAAAGGAGUUUUUCUACCGAGGGCACAACUACUUCUACAGCGGGCACGUCCCUGCGCUGGCCAACAGGAAGGUGGACUGGCUGGACGGCAGGAACAUCUGCCGCGAGUACUGCAUGGACCUGGUCUCCAUGGAGACGCAGGAGGAGAACAACCUCAUCUUCAAGCUGAUCCAGCAGAACGACGUCCCUUACAUCUGGACGAGCGGUCGCCUGUGUGACUUCAAGGGCUGCGAGUCUCGCAAGGACCUGGAGCCCAAGAACAUCCUCGGAUGGUUCUGGUCCGCCAACCGGGAGAAGAUGCCGCCCACCAACCAGAUCCCCAACGGCUGGGGCUACAACCCGUGGUCGCAGACCGGGCACAAGAAGCAGCGGCAGCCGGACAACGCCGAGUUCGACAUCAACCAGACGGCGGAGUCCUGCCUGAGCGUGCUCAACAACGUGUACAACGACGGCAUCGCGUGGCACGACGUCGCCUGCUACCACGAGAAGCCCGUCGUUUGUGAAGACUCGGACGAGCUGCUCCAGUACGUCGCCAGCACCAACCCCGGCCUCCGUCUGUGAUCCUUUCAAACUUAGAACCAGUGACAAAUGACAGCUAAGGCCGUAUUCAGGACGAAGUAUUCUUAAAACGAUUGGGAAAUGUCGCUUUGGAAACGCUUCGUUAACCUGAAUAGGGCCCGAGUUUCGUUGUUUCAGUCGCUGAAAUAAGGUCGCGUAGUUGCGUAAUGCCAGUAAACACUUCUGAAGCCAUUCCUUUCUUAUGUUAAAUAUAAGAAACCUAACAGCACAGCUACCACAUUCAGCACGGUAUUUAUUUCUGCACCAGCACCGGAUCUGUUUCGUCUUUUUAGCUGAAACAGCCGCCAUGUUGUUUCCUGGAUCUCCUGCGCCUGCGCACCGCCCUCCCUUCCGUGCUCGAGUACAACCACUGUACAGCAUAAUAAAUUAAGACUAAAAUAAGUUAAAUAGAUUUACGUCUAAGGGAUAAAAUUUCUUAUUUGUAUAUAAAAUAAAAAAUUAAGAAAA